UCCAAAUGAACCCAAUUUUGCAAAUAAUGAUGAAAACUGUGUGGUCAUGUAUACCCAUACAGGUACAUGGAAUGAUAUCAACUGUGGCAGUGUUGAGCUAUUCAUCUGUGAAAGGCUUAACAAUACUGUUCGUCCAACUGUUACUCCCACUUCUCCACCACCAAAGGGUGGCUGUAUGGAAGACUGGCACCUCUUUGAUAACAAGUGUUUUAAAGUCUUUGGCUUUAAUGAAAAUGAUACAUUGACAUGGCAUGCUGCACGAAACAACUGCAUUGAUCUUGGAGGAAAUCUGGCUACUAUAUCAAAAAAGGAAGAGCAAG